AGCGAUAUCACUUACCGCAAAAGAAAGUGGCGUGUAAAGUGUCUAUAGUCUAUGUCCUAGGCCUGCUGCGUAUGGGAAGUUUGUCGUAAUGAGCACGUGUCGAAUGUCGAGUAUCUUUUUUUUUUUUUUUCACCUACCGGGGAAUGGGCACUAUGGGGGAUAUGGCGUAAUGGCGAAUGGAUCGUGCAAAGUCGCCCCAGGCCCGCCCUACCACCCUUCCGAGGCCUGGUGUCGGUAUGAUGCUCGCCUCAAUGAGCCGCGUGUCGAAUGUCGAGAGGAGAAUGGGGCGGUUAAAAUGGAGCGUGCAAAGUUGUGUACUUUCCAUGUCCCGACCCGUGUUGGUAUGGGACGACUUACCUUCACGGCUUGUCUAGAAAGGCAGUCUAUGUGCCAAACCCGUCCCUUCACCCAUGCGAGACCUGGUUGAUAUGGCCUCAACAAACCGUGUCUUGGGUAUCUGAUAGUACAUAGAGAAAGUAUCGUAGCAGAACCUUCCCACUGCGAGAAGGAGUGACAAAAACAGGGUGCG